CUCAUUUCGAUUUUCAUUUCCUAGAUGUCUGGUAACACUAACAGCGAUAUUCUCAUUGCCGGCGCAAUUGCAGCGUUUACUGUUGAUCUGCUUGUAUACCCACUCGAUACACUCAAAACACGGUUCCAGUCCCCAGACUAUGCACGGCUGUACACCAAUUCGGCAACGGGGAAGCCAAAUCCCGCGCUGUUCCGGGGCAUGUACCAGGGAAUUGGCAGCGUGAUCAUCGCCACAUUACCAUCAUCGGGAGCAUUUUUCACCACAUACGAGCGUACCAAAUCACUCUUCACCGACCUGAACUCCACAUCCUCACACCCCGAUGGCUUCCUCCCCACACCCGUCAUCCACGCAGGAGCCUCAUCUCUAGCCGAGCUCGUCUCGUGCGCGAUCCUCACCCCCGCAGAAGUCAUCAAGCAGAACGCGCAAAUGGUCUCCUCGGACCGCUCCUCCACCAACGCCACCCUCCAGACCCUGCAGAAAUUCCGCUCGAACCCGCUCGCCCUGUGGCGCGGCUACGCGUCCCUCGCCGGCCGCAACCUGCCCUUCACCGCCAUGCAGUUCCCCAUGUUCGAGCGCCUCAAGCAGAGCAUCAAGCAGUACCGCGACGCCAGGGGGCUGACGACCGGCUCGAUUGUCGAGAGCGGGACGAUCACCGCGGUCAGUGCGGGCACCGCGGGCUCAAUCGCGGCUGUUAUCACGACGCCCGUGGACGUGCUGAAGACGCGGAUCAUGCUGAGUGCGGGCGAGGGCGAGGCGGCGUCUGGGGCGGCGCAGACGAGCGGGAAGACCGGGUUGGUCGAUGCGCUGGGGAAGUCUGUGCAGAAGGCGCGGGGGAGCCAGAAGGGGACGUGGCAGAUCGCGCAGGAGAUUCUGCAGGAGCAGGGGUACAAGGGGCUGUGGAGGGGCGGGGCGUUGAGGGCUGUGUGGACGUUUGUCGGCGCGGGGUUGUACCUUGGGGCGUAUGAGAGCGGGAGAGUGUAUCUGGCUGCGCGCAGGGGGGAGCAUGUGGAUGAAGCGGACUUGCUGUAGGAUGUUCGCUGGGAAACACUGCGGGCUUUUCAGUGUACAACGGAUGCAUGAUCGCGACUAUGCUAUCUCGUAGAUUUAUGCAUCACUCGAACGAGUCUUAUCCUUACGUGGGCGCAUCACUCAGGAUAACUGAUGGGCACUGGAAUGGACUAGCAGCGAUAUCACGCUCCGCCUCGACACUACAACUCGCGGUCUCCUCCCUCAGUGUACCUCGUUGGCCAAUAGUAACGCGAUGCUACAGACAUAUAGUACAAAGGAAGUCUGAGCGAUCUGAUCUUGCCUCAGAAUGAGAUCGCGAAAGUCACAUUCAGAGGCGAAAAGCAACCUCGCCUAUCCUGCAGAAGUCGAAUUCUCUAAAGACGAGGGCAAUUUACAUUUCAAAGGAGGGUAUGCUGCGAACAAUCAACGUCA